AAAAGUGAAGGCAGACAUUAUAACAAAAAUUAUAUUCCUGUUAUUUUUUUUUAUUAUUAUUUAAAUCAACUUAAUUUAAAGAUUAAACAUAAAACUAAAUAAACUAUUAAACUAGAGUUAUUGCUGGGGAGAUGGAAGGCUUGGAGGAGUUAAUUUGUCAAAACUGUAAGAUGGCAUUCCAUUCCACCGCACUCUUGGAUAAACACAAGGCAAAGUUCUGCAUUGGCACAGACCUGAAAGAGCCAGUGGCCCUAUGGAGACAAAGGAGAUUUGUGCAAAAGGAAGAAGCAGCUGUGAAGAUGGUGCAUCCUACGAGGGCAAGGAAACCUGAUGGAAUUGCUUUGAAGGAAAAGAGCGAUCAUCAAAUGGAAAAGAAAGAGAGCGCACAAAACAAUGCUCUAAACAGACUCACCGAGGAGUUUCAAAAACUCAGGAUGUCGUUUGAACAAAACCUGCCCCGAAGACAGACAGAGGUGCCUGAGGAUCAGACGUUCCUCCAGCACGGAGCUGAUGAGCGAAGGGCUCUUCAUGAGCAGAGACUGGCGGAGAUCAGAGCACACAACAAUCAGCUGGAGAAGCAGAGAGACCAAAUAGAAGAGAGACUUGCUGAGCUGGCAGGUUGGGAGAGGACGGCUCGUCUUGAAGAAGUGCUGCAAGAGCUGAGGAAUCAGGAACAGAGAAACGAGGAGGUUCUGCAUCAGCUCAGCUCUCACAUCAGCUCAAUGAAAGGGCCCAGUCCAAAUGAAGUCCCCUCUAACCCACCAGAGGAAAAGAAGACACAGCAUGUUGCUUUUGACUUGAUCUCUUCUGUGGAUGGACCUCUCUCUGCUCAGAUAAGAGCUUUGCGUCUGGCAUACAUGCAGUCUGGUGGUUCUGAUCCAGAGGUUCUGGCCAAUAUGCAUGACCUUCAAGCUGAGGCUCUUACACUGGAGCAGACAAAACACAGAGCUGAAGGCAAGACAAAAGGAAGAACCCCUGUUCCAGCAGGAAUGAAGUCUCCUCACAGAGUGCUGGACUCUGAUGUUCUUGCUGUGGAACAGGAGAACCAAAGGCUUGAGGAGGAAAUCUUCAGAUUCCAGCUGGCCAGAGAGCAGAACAAAGGAGAGCGUGGGCUCAAUGAUAUCCAGAAAGACCACAUCCAUCAAAUGGCUAGCCUUAAAGCCGAGAUUGCCUUUUUAAGGAGAGAAAUAGAGAAGGGCAGAGAAAGAAGACCACACCAACCUCCUCUGCCUGUUUUUCCUGGAUCUUCUAUAGCCGUAACAAAUCCUGCUCUGCCACUGGAUGAGAGUUCAAUACAGCAUUCGCUGAUGGGCUCCCAUAUAACUGAUCCAAUGGCAACUCUCGGUCCCGCUCCUUAUGAUCCUGUGGCUGGCUUUGUCAUCUUCUAUGACCUGGUGAUGGGUCUGGAAGAUACUUUGAGAGAAGUGCGUUUAUUGGCAGGGUUAUAUUUUAAUGGACAGAAGUUGGGACAGACUAAUCCAAUGCCCCCUGUGCAGUGCCAGCCUGCAGGACCAUUACUGUCCACCAAGAGUCCUGGAAACUGUGCCAUACUGGCUGUUAAGCAACCUGUGUCAAGAGUACAGCCAUCUACAGAUCUCUCUAUGGUCUUAGAGAUCCAGACUUCUGAAGGGCUGGAUUUGCUCAAACCUGAAAGUGAAGGCUCUGUGAUUCGGGGGUGGACUAAGCUUGAUCUCUUUGACCAGCACAGCCAGGUUCACAGCGGUCACUGGAGGCUUCCAUUACGCUCUCUCCCAGUUCAAGCAUCCUUAAACCCAGAUCAGCUGAAUUCUGUGCCACAAAUGGGUAAUAUGGAGCUUUGUCUUCGUGUAGCAAAUGCUCGUGAUGGGGAUGUACAAACUCUUGAAAAGAUUGACCCCAACACCACCUACCAAUACAAAUACAUAUCCACGGUGGUCUCGAACACAAUCCUGGCCAACCAAGAACCAUGCAAUGGAUUGCAGCCCUCACCCAAUCCAUUACCUUCAUCACCGCCACAGACAGAUCACGUGGAAGGGACCAGUUAGAAGUAAAUUUCACCUAAAUGUGACGAGUACAAAUCAAAGCUUGUUGUAAAAAAGUUACUACAAACAUCUGUUUUACACUAAAG